GUUAAAGAGAGAGAGAUACAGUGAGGAAAGGACUUGCUGAGUUUGUGGCUGACGAGUGCAAAAUUUUGUUCAAGGUACUCCGGACGGAUUGACGAACAUUAUUACACCAUGAGUGACGAAGAUAGAGAAAUAGACAUCGAAAGUGAUGCUGAUGAUGAAGAAUGUAACCAGACAUUCAGCUCGGAUGACAAAAGAGCACAUCACAAUGCUCUAGAACGGAAGCGUCGAGAUCAUAUCAAAGACAGCUUUCACAGCCUCCGAGAUUGUGUCCCUCAAGAUGACAGCAAGGCAAAUACGAAUUCUUCCAGCAAGACAUCUAGGGCCCAGAUUUUACGGCAAGCAGCAGAGUACAUCAUCCGUAUGAGAGACAAGACUACACAAAGUGACAAGCACAUUCAGAUUUUGAAGCAGCAGAAUGAUGAGUUACACGCACAGAUUAAAGCUCUGCAAAAGUCUCAGGGUGGCAAAUCAGGUCAUGGAUCCUCCAGUUUCCUGAAUGACCACCAUGGGGAUGAAGACUACGAGAGUUAUGAGGAAGAAACUGUUGUGACGUCACCUCCAACAAAAAAGAAAAAAACAAAAGCUACCAAUAGCUGAGGUUCGUUUAUCAUUUAAAAUUAGGGAUAUCACAUUUCAUUGGGAAGCUCUGGAUAUUGCUGAUUCAUCGUCAUCCAUAUCAAGUUGUGGUGUUCUUGGACGUGCAUGAGUUACUGUGAGGUUUAAAAAAUACCAGUUAAAACAAUUACCUAGAAAAUAUAUAUUUCCGAAUUCUGUUUCAUGGAUUUUGUUUUGUUUUUGUGAUAAUAUCACCAGAGUACUUCUUGAUGUGGUGAUCACUGCUUCUGUUUUAGUACAUCUAAGUCCUUUAAUACAAUUUACAUCUUUCAGAUUUUACUGAAUACUUAUGAGACUGAAAUAUUUUGUGUAAGACUAAAUAUCCUGGAAAUGUCAAAAGUGAACAGAAUUGUACAGUUUAAGGCAACCAUGUUUUUGACUUUUUAAAUGUAAAGAGGGAAAUGUAUGUUCGGAAUGUUAAGGCAGAAGCAAUACCUAUGUUGCAUUUGGUGAAAACAAUUGAUUCUUGUGCAAGUGUUUGAGAUUGUUUUUUUAAAAAAAAGAUAUGCAAAAGUGAAGACUAUGCUGUUACCCACCUUGAGUAAACACCCUAUAGCGUUGAUCAUGUAUAUUGUACUAACACCGUAAACCUUAAUUAAAUGUCCAUCAAGCUCAAGAGGAAGCUUAAGACUCUGAAAAGGCGAAAAGAAAUUUUAAAGUUUUCCCGCGUCUACUAAAAUGAAUAAAGUAUCCUGUAUCCCUUGAAUGGGCAACUUUGGACCCAAAGAAUUAGAUUGCCCUACAAGUAUAAGUAACCGUAUCUGAUACAUAACAUGCUUUUUUAAUGUUACAAACAAACUACUCAAGUCUAACCUCCAGACAAUUCGCCUACUCAUAGCUCAUUGCAUUGCAUUUCAUACCUAACGGUGAUCUAUGAGAGAUGCUUGGUCAUUUUAAUUUUUUUUUAGUGAGCACAUCAGAUUCUUUAUCAGUUGCCACUGGAGGCAUUUGAAACACACUCACUGCCAGAUCAGGCUGGGUGAUUGUGGGCAUAGAUUCAAAGACGCGAGUCACUUACAUGGCAGAGUAGAGAGUGAGGCUUGUAAGUUUGCCCAGCAUAAAAAACUGCUAGUGAUGAAAAUAUUGCUCAUAGGUGGAGAGCUACAUGUAAAUAUCUGGCCAUCUAGACUGACCCUAUUGGUGUACAUUAUGGAAGGAGGAUGCCACCCGCGGGGAAUCUUUUCCUUGAAUUAUGUAGAAUGAAGAGAAUGGAAAAUAAGAAUGCUUUUACUCUCAAUACAUGUGCUAGAUUGUUCCACAAGCACAUCCAUCUGUGUGCACCGUUUUCUCCAAAGCACUUUUCGACUUUGCACAUUGAGCUCAAAAUGUAGGUCCACUCAUAUAGGUAACCUAGACCAUGCCAAGUCAUAUAACAACAGAGAGAGGGCUGAUGAAAGUCUGAAGGGGGUAGGGAGUGGAGGGGCAAUGCUCAUGUGACCCCUCCCUCUCUGAUUUAUUUUGGCACAACAGUUGUACAAUUGUUUUAGAUGACUGGCCGAGGUCAGGAGCUACCAAUAAAUUGUUCUAGAGAAACCUCUGAAUAGAAACCUGUGCCUGUUGAAUGAAUGCCAGCCUUUUACUUUCAUACAGUCUAUCUGGUCCUCUAUUUCUAAGUUAGGGCUAGUUCAAUAUAUUCACAGUAGGAUUGAGGAAAAGAUGAUUCUUUUAAAAAUUGAACCGAUGUUUGUUUGGGGAAGUGGCAAGGGGGCCAGAGAACAAGAACAGUAUCUGCUGUGAACAGAAGAUUGCUAUCUGAUGAACAAAGACAAAUUUUUGUGUAGAAUCAUUGAUGUUAAAUGCUCAAGUUAGUCGAACUUUGCUUUCUCUGAAAUCUUGGACUCUUGUGAAGUUAAAUCAAUUUGUUGGACGCUAGGUUCGCUGUAUUUCAAGUUUUUUUCCUCCCCAAUUUCCAUAAGAGUGAAUAUGAAGAGGUACAUAAAUAAUAGAAUGCAUGGUAUAUUUUUUCAUGCAGGAAUGUGUGCUAUUUAAAUGCAAUCUUUUACUAAUACUUUAGAAUAUCGAAAUUAUGAGCCAGUAUUAAGAUGGAGUUUGCAUUUUCCUUAUCGCACUUUUGGUUUGUCAACUUUAGAACAUUCAUUGCACCAGCUUGUUCUUUUAUCAUCCAGUUUCUAUGCAAAGCUUUCUGUACUAUUAACAACAAGGACAAACAUAAACAUUCCAUAAAUUUGCUAGAAAUCAUUGGGGCUAGUGAAUUCUGGAUUUCUCUUCUCACACUUCCGUAUAGUUUUUCCCAACUAUAUAGCCUACAUUGGCCUCCCUGUUCCUUUGUGUUGUAAUUGUUCUAUUUUCCUGGCAAUAAUGGUCUGAUUUUUUUCUCUCCGUCUAAAAUAUGAACAGGUUAAAUGACCUGCUGCACCAUAAAAGAAACUUAUUUGUUUUAAAGCUUGGUAUCUCAAUUGUUAUGAUAAAAGGAUUGCCAUACUGUCAGCUGGGUUUUUUUUUUUCUUUUUCUUAGGUAUUCUUAGAUUUUGGUUGUUCGAUUGUUGCUUCAGGAAGGACUUCAUUCCGUUCUGUCCUACUGCAAGUGAUCUAGCUGUUGACAGAGGCUUGCAACUGAUUUAUAGAGCUAUUUUGCUCUUCCAGACACCGUAGGUCGGCGAAUAGGUUUUUACAAAUUGUUAAAUGCAUUGAUGAGGACACAAAAAAGUGAUAACAUGAAGGGCAAUUUUACAACUUUAAAAUGACUGUAUGGUAAAAUUUUUUUUUUUUACGGCCCUUAAUCUCGGUUGUCACAUAGUCUUUCUUUACAUUACAGAGCAUGCCCACAGAGAUGAUCUAAGGUGCGACAUCUUUUUAAUGACCAUGAUUGGUACAAAUAACCUCCAAGCCUUUUAUACCUAUCUCUUACCCUUUGUCAACCCUAUGCAGUCGUUAGUGUUAUUGUCACCCUUUUCUGCGUUUUGUUUUUGAUGGGUGGUUGGUGGAUGCUCUAGUUUGAUCUUCUUAUUUUAUUUUUCCAUGCUAUUUCUAUGCAUGGCAACCAGUUCCCUGUAGUAUGUGGAUGAUGGUCAUUGUUGUGCUGAAAUUGUUGUACAGUUCUACUGGACAAAAUAUUUCUUCUGGUUGGUGGUUAGGGAUAGGUCCUGUAUGUUUCUUGUCCAUCUACUAUGACCGUCUGUUGCUUUGCUUUUCCCAGCUCCAGAUUAUUGUUAAUUUGUUGAUGUGCUGAUCUUAAGCUCAAGCAAUUUUGCUGUUUUGGUCGUCCCAUGUUCCCUCUUUUUAAUGACAGGUAUUCAGUAUUGAAAUGGCUUCUUAGAUGAAAUUAAAGGUACUAAAAUGAUCAUAUUGGUAUGCAUCUGUAUUCUCUCAGAUGAGUGAAGUAAAAACCUGAAAAGGCUGUAAAUAUUCCGUUUUGUUCAUUCUGGAGACUAUAUAGUAUACAUGACCUAUUGACAUAACUGACGAUAGCAACAAUUAUGUAGGUGUUAGCAAUCAGGUGGCUUUCUGCACAGCUGGUAUGUUAAUUUAUGUGGUAAAUAUUCACCAAAUUAUUGUCAUAAACGGAUGUCAGAUGUCAGAGAGAAAAUGAAUUAAUUUGACUGUAUUUCCAUCCAUCAGUGUGAUGUUUUAUUUUUUUGAACUUUGAUUUUGUUUUUGUGACUACUUUUGGUACUGACUGAACUGUGGAUAUUUUUCAAGUGGCUCUUAUGCUUCGAUGUUUCUUUAAUGCCUUGAAUCCCUGCUGACCUGGAACUAGAAUGUUUUGUGGCAGUACACUUAAUUAAAUAGAAUAAAAAUUUGCAAAGGCUCAUCUGCGAAGUAAUCUGCCAAUAUUAGUACUCUAGCAACAUUUAUACCUAGGUGGUUUUUUCUUACUGAAUUGGUAUUAUACAGGCCAAUGGCACAGAUGACUCUGGUUUUGAACAAUCUAAGGGGUAUUGUUGAAACUGGAUCGUUAUGGGAGAUUUCUAGGUGCUCCGUCUUCUUCCCUUGGUCCUACCGGUGACGGAUGUUGAAUUAGGAGGUCUCUUACAGUGCCGAAAGAGGGGUUGUGCUAAACCCAGACAAUUUUUAUUUUACUACUUAUUAUACUCAAGUCAGUGAGCUCUAUAGUUGGAGCACUGAUUGAUCUCUGCCUCCAUGGAGAUGUUGAGGUUUUGUUAGCAGGUACAGAAUGGAAGUCACAGCUGCUGUACUGUUACAGAUGAGAUCAGACAGGUCGAGUUGCAAUUUAAUUUAUUUUGCCUGUUUUUUUGUUGGUCUUUUUAAAAAUUCAAUUUUGAACACAUUAAUUGCCUAAAGAGCUGGAUACAGGAGAUGCUUCAUUAUUCUUUUAGAAUGGGAAUUUUGUCGAUGUGUCAAUCAGUUUUUAUGUUCUCCUGACAGUGAAAUGUAAAAAGUCACAUUCUCUGAAGUGAUUGUUGUUGCUUUAGGAACAUCUAUUCAAGACAGUUUGUGAGAGGUUUAAAAAAAUCUAGUUGUAAAGGUUUCGUGAACACCAUUCUUUUUUAGUGAUUUUCAAUUUCUUUAUGCUGUUCACAUCAUGUUUACGUUUUGUAUGGAAAUCUUUCUGGCUUGCAGUCUCACUGCUCCUGUUUUUCAAACUGUUUUCACAAUCUGUGUAUCAUCGUCUAUAGGAUGCACGCACACAUGAGACACAGGUAGACAAGGGAGCCAAAUUUUUGGUAUAGUUGGUAUAGAUCAUUGCAUUGGAUAAAGAUGCGCCAAAUUUUUCAUGGCAAAGAUUUCUUUGUGAGUAACGCUUAAACUUAAACAUUUUUGUUGAAAAACUUAAAAUUAUCAAUGCUCCACAUUGUCAUUUCAUUUUAAAUUGAAAAGGUCUCGGAUCUCAUCAUCACUAAUUUCUACAGCAUCAUCCCUGUCAUACAACAAGUCAUAAUUUACUCGUUCCCUUACUCGUGAAGUUUGUUCCCUUAGUCUGCCUCUGCUGUGUUUUUUGAUUGUCUAUUUGUUUCAUGAUUAAGGCGCAUUGUGCUUUGAAGCCCUGAUUUUUAGGUUAAAAGUUGUGUAUUAUUCGCGCUGAUGUAUAACAGUAUGCCAUCUGUACAAACUGCUGGGCUCUAUUUCUUAUUUUUAGAAUGAGAUAAAAUCUUCUUGGUUACCAACUUUAAUUUUUGUAUGAGUAGUAUAGCUUCAACUUUUGUAUGAUUAGUGUGAACGGUGUCUUGUACUUCUGAAAGCUUGACUGAAGGGAGGACGAUGAAGAGUCAUUAUACCUCUUCAAAAUCAGCUGGAUGUAAUAUUCUGAAUUGACUUGACAGUUUAAAAAAAGCUUUGUUCCUUUCCAUGUUAUUUUACCGAACAAACAAAGCUUUUGAACUUGACAGGUUUCUUGUCAUAUUUUAUCAGUUUGGACCAUUCAUUUAAAUCAGAUUUGGUGCCUUUGUACAUGGGUGAUAGUUUUUAGUGUUGCUCAUAAUAUGCGCUUUGUGUGUUUUAAAAUAAAAAAUCAUGUAUGACUUCUUUUGGGAGAUUGGGGAAUGAGGAUGUUAUGGGGGGGGGGGGUUGUAUCUGGUAAGUCAUUUUUUUUCUUUCACUGCUAUUUUGUUUGUUUUGCUUUGGCUGUGCUCUGCCUAUCAAUAAGCUGAUGUCCUUCUCUUGAAUUCUUUGGUUCUGUCUUUCCCAUUUGUAGUCCUGAUUCAGACCCACUCCUUUUACGUCAUCCCUCAUUUAUGCACAUAUGCAGUUGAACUCAGAUUGCCAGAACUCUUUCAGGUCAAGCUGUCUGGUUUGAGUUUGAUAGGUUGGUGGAGAGUUACUUCCUGUUUCUGAUUUUGGUUGAUUGGUGGGCCUGGGGAAUGGAGGAUGACUAACUUGUUGUUUAGAUGCUAUUCUCUUUGUUCAGAAGAAUCGUAUAAGUGUAAUAUAAGAGCACAUUCAGAAAAAACAACUCCUGAUGAAAGUCCCAAUUCAGCUCUGGGUAUCUUUUCUAUAUCAGUAAUCUAGCAGGGGCAGAAUGGAGGGCUUGGCUGCUCUGUUGUUUGAACUUGCUGGCCAGCCUAUACUGAAAUGAGCUUUGAACUUUUCAGUGCUUAAUUGACAUGUUUUUUGAAUUUGCAGCAAUAUUUAAAGGUUAUGCCCCUUGUUAAAAUCAAGUACAUCAGGAAUAGUGGUCAGUUCCAGGCUCCACUGUGAACAAAUUAAAGUGUGGUUUUAGUCAAACAAAGAAUGAUAUGUAUGUUAGUUGUUGUAAUCUCACACUCCUUGCCACUUCUCAAUGCCAUUAUUGUUCUGUUCUCAUUAAAUGACUCUAGUGAUAUUGUCUUAAAGAGCUUACCGGUAGUUUUUCAUUGAUGUACAUAGCAUAUUUUUCUGUAAAUAGUGUAAAGGAAUUUUCAUGAUUUUCUUCAUUUUUCAUGUCAUACUGCAUCUUUGAUUCUUUGUCGGAAUUUGCAUUUUUUUUUUUCAAGGAUGACAAUAUGAAUAGGAGUCUAUGUAUUUAGAAAGGAAUUAAGUGAAAAGAGAGUGAUUUCAAUGUUUUCUAAAUAAUCUCCUGGUCUCCUAAUAGUCUGGAAUGUAAUAGUAUGUUUAUUUUUGUAGAGGCUUUAUGAUUCAAGACUGAGUUAUUCAUCUGAGCCCAAAUUAUGUUCAUUUUUUUUCAUUCUUUUUGUUACUUGUUUAUAUGAUAAAAUUUGACAUCCUAUGAAAAUACUGUGAUUGAUGUGUUGGAACAACAUAAGGCUCAUCCAUGUUUAGAAAUUACUGGGGGAGGAGGGAUGCUUGUUAUAUAUUUUCUUCACAAAUUAUGUAAUACCCGGUAGUCAAUGAAUAGGGUGAGUAAUGAAUAAAGAGAACAAUUAUAGGGCAGAGAAUCUUUUGUGAAGGAGGCAAGUUGUGGCUGUAAAACUGUAUGAGUGCAUAUAUAUGCAAGAAUGGUUAUUUUUAUCAUUUACCCCUUGCAUUAAAUAUUUUUUUUCUAUAAUGGAUUGUGGAUGGAUUUCUUUUUAAUGACUUGGAUAUUUGUCGGCAUGUGUACAUCAUUUUUUUAUUUGGUGAUAAUGGUAUGGUAGGUCAGUUUGAUUUUGGCUUUUACUUUUAAGUCUGACUUACUCUGUUACUGUAGCACUUUGAAGGUAUAAAUAUAGGCUUGUGAGUAUAACUGUAAGGUAUAGAUAUGGGGUUUUUUUUCUCUCCACAAAAUCAUUAAAAUUUAUUAGAGCCUUCAAUUUGUUUAGUCCUUUAAAAAAACAAAUGUUCAUUAAUUUUUUCCUAUGGGAAAUACAUAAAUUAAAAAAUUUGUUUUGACUUCUUUGCCAACUGAUUUUGAUUGUUGAAUAUUAUUUAAAGUGGUGUGUUCAUGUUUGCAGGUGGACAGUAAUAAAUAAAGUGAGAGCAAGUCAUUAUGAAGCGAUUGAAGAAAAGUUGCUGUGUUGCUUCACGUGGACUAUAUUAGUUUGUAUGGCAACAUGGUGUAGUAGCAGGCUAUCAGCUCAGUACUUUUUUUAAUUCUUGGUUUGUUACUGGUUGGUGCUCUGCUACUUAACUUUUCAUCAGUGUUACAUCUUGUCCUCUUCACCACACUCGCCAUGUAAUUGUGCUGACUAGCUAUGGUCUACGAUUCAACAGGUGUUUUUCCAUGGUGCUUACUUUUGGGGAAAGACAGCUACUUUAGGAAAAGAAAACUACAUCUAUUACUCAGGUUUUUUGUUAAAAAAAAAAAAAUCCAGUUUCUUUUAUGGUAAAGAGUGAAUUCUGUAUUGCUUGUACUUAUUUUUAUUUUAUUUCCAUUAAUGCUGCAUAAUUUCCUGAUGUUUCAGAUGAAAGUAAAAUAUUUCAAAACUUAACUAAUAGUAAUAUCCGUCACAAAAAUUCUCUGAACUUGCACAUUUAAUUUAUAACAAUAUGUUCUCAAGAAUUCACAGGUUUAGAGAGAUGGCUACCCUGUUUUUCCAUACUAUCAAAUAUCUACGUAUUUGUUCCUUGUAUUAUCUGUCCAUUACCACUUAUAUUAUGUUUGACCCCUAGAGUGACAGUGACAAACUGCCCGCCAUAUAUGACACUUUGAUGAUCGCGUUGGGUCUGAAAGAGUUCCAUGUAAAAUGAAAGGGCUUAAAUUCUUUUUCAUUUCUUACAAAUUAUCAAAAGGAUGUAAAGAUAUAAUUAUACGUGUACAGGACUUUAGUGUCUUGGUCUUGAAUUACUAAAACCUUGUUAUAUGAAUUUUGUCAGGCUAACCAAGUUUGUGUGGAACAAAAAUUUUGUCCUAUGAAUGUGAUACAUUUUUUUUCUGUGGAUUAGCUGUUCUACUCAUUUUGUUUGUGAAAAGAUAAAUAUGGAUGAUUAAAUCCUGUUUAGGGGGAAUGGGGAUGAAAAUGUGACAUUUUCUCGUUAUAUCUAGGAUAAGGACGGCUUAUGAUAUUUGAGGUUCUCAUUCCUGGCAGCUUUGUGUAUACAAAUGUACUACUCUUUGUUGAGUUUCCAACUCCAUGAUUAUUGAUAAGGUUGAUCUAUAAAUACCAGUUAUGAAUGAUUGUUUGUUUUUUUUUAAACCCAAAAGCCCACUUAUUUUUUUGGGUCAUAUUUGUCUGUGUGACUCUGGCAUUUGUGAUGGUUGCGAUUAGGCACUUCACUGUAGCACACAGGAGACCCGAGUUCGAUUCCCAAGUGGGGAGAAAUUUUAAGCGAGUGUCUUGGUCUUUCUGCUGGGAUCUUGUCUCCCACUCAGCCUGGAUUGGCCCUGACAGACAGGGUCAGAAGUCUGCCUACGAGAUGAACUAAAUUGUGUCAAUAGGGGCGUAAAAACACCUACCUACAUAAAAUUGUCUGUGUGAAAUGAUGUGAAUGGAAUACCGCACAGAAAAUGUUAAAUUUUAGGAAAUAAAGAUCUCUUUGAAAUGACUCCAGAAAUUUGCAUGCAUACUCUGUUUUUGAAUGAUAGAGAUGUAAAUUAGUAAGAUGAAGCUUCAUUUUUCAAUGUGAAUAAAGUUGUCAGCAUAAGCAAAUAC